AGAGGAAGAGGAGGCUGACCUGGAGCUGUUAGACAGACACUAACCCCAGGACUAACCCCCCCCCCCAGUGGACAUGUCUGUGUGUCGGACAGUGUGGCUGGAUCUGUCUGUCUGAUGUGUUUCAAUAUGAAUGUCUCCUUGCUGAUGCUGCUGCCCGGCUUCCAGCUGCUCCUCAUGUUCGGUGUGGGCGCAAAGAAACAGGAAGUGGCGGGCUCACCUGAGGACCCCAGCACCCGCCUCCGAGGCCUGUGGAGGCUGCACAUGAGGGACACCCUGCUGAAAGGGAAAGGUUCUGGCCCUCAUCCAAUGAGAGGAGGGGUCAAACAGCAGCUGCUCUACUGCCGUGUUGGGAUUGGCUACCAUCUCCAGAUUCCGGCCAGUGGCUCUGUAGGAGGGGUCCACAAACCCACCGAGCAUUGUUGGCUGAAGGUGUUUGCGAUGAAACAUGGAGUGGUGGGGGUCAGAGGCGUGAAGAGCGGCCUGUACCUCUGCUUGAGUGCAGAGGGGCUGCCGUAUGGAGCGGAGAAGUUUUCUGACGAGUGCCUGUUAAAGGAGAACCUGGAGGAGAAUCACUACAACACCUACUCCUCCCUCUCUCACCCUGACAUCUACCUGGCUCUUUCCCAUAAAGGAGCGCCCCGGAGGGGCAACAGUGUGGGCCGCCACCAGUCCUGCACCCACUUUCUACCCCGGAGAACAGGCUGAUCAGGGUCCAGCUUCCUCUCAGUUGGGGGCAAAUUAGGAAUAUGGUUGCCAACAUUGUGAAAACACUGGUGAAAAAAGCAACAGUGUAGAAAUUCCACAUGGCAGCUGGGCUUAAGACUGCAACAUGCACAAAGUGAAACUAGUUCCACAUCCAAGAGACACAAUGAGUGUGAUUGUGUGAUACCUAUUUCCUGUAGGUACGAACAGUGAACUGAGACCCACACUGCAACCUCUCUGCCCGCUGAGACCUGACCGUCUGAGCAGCAUCAUCACUGCUGCUGGCACUGAACAGGAGUCAGGCGACGGAGUAAAUGUUCUUCAAACUAUUUAAUGCACAGGAUGAGUCUUCUGAAGCGCAAGAGUGCAGAACUGACACCUUUUAAAGGAGCGUGACUGUCUCAGUCCUUUACUGCUGAUCAGUAUUUCUGUAGGAUCUAUGACUUUGUGUGAUGUGUACAGGGAACUCUGUGAAGCUGUCCACUGAAUGUGCUGAGUUGGGUUCCAAAUAAGUGAAGUAUUGUUCGCACAAAAUCAUUUGUAGCAAUAAUAAGAAUGGUCUGUAUUUUACAAGUAUUGAUGGAUGAUAAAGCGACAGUGGCAGCUUUUAUACAGCAUCGGUUUUGACCUUAGUAAAUCUGCACAUUAUUUAUCAUGAACAUUUUGUUUCUGAAGUAUUUGUUUAUUUAUUGAUGUUUUAUAAUGCAUUGCAGACUGUGAUGAUAAAUGAAAUAUAUAUAUUUGUAUAAUCAUAUUGUGUUUAAGUAGUCUGUAUCAGAUUGUA